AUGCAAUCUAGUACCACUGCCACUUCGACUUCGACUCAGAAAUAUGCCAUCGAUACUAAUGGUCAAGUGCAAAAAGUGCCAGAUUUUACUAUCAAGGAUAUAUUAGAUGCUAUUCCAGCUAAAUGUUACGAGAGAGACUUGGCCAAGAGUUUAUCCUAUGUUUUUAGAGAUAUUUUUUGUCUUGUGUCUAUUGGUCUAUUUACACACAAACUAGCUUAUCCGUUGUUAUUCGCUAGUGCUGGAAAAACUUUGCCUUGGCAAUUGGCAAAAUUUUUGUUUUGGUUUUCCUAUACUUAUGUUCAAGGUCUAUUCUGCACUGGUUUGUGGGUUCUAGCGCAUGAGUGUGGUCAUCAGGCUUUCUCCGAUUAUGGUGCAGUCAAUGAUUUUGUUGGUUGGACCCUACAUUCUUAUUUGCUAGUUCCAUACUUUUCCUGGAAAUACUCUCAUUCUAAGCAUCAUAAGGCUACUAAUCAUUUGACUAGAGAUAUGGUCUUUGUGCCACCAACUACGGAGGAAUUUAAGGAAAGACGUGGAUUUGUCGGUGAUAUGCUUUACCAUCAUACAGGUGAUUCUCCAUUGAGAACGCUGCUGGAGACUUUAUUUCAGCAAUUGGCAGGUUGGAUCACUUACAUUACCACCGAUAUUACCGGUCAAAAAUAUGAAGGUGUUGCUGCUUGGAAACAGAAUCAUUUCUACCCAUUCUCACCAUUGUAUGAAAAGAAGGACGCUUUUUACAUUUUGCUAAGUGACCUUGGUAUUUUGACCCAAUGUUUGGUGCUAAAACUAUGGUUCGAUAAAUUCGGCGGCUGGUCACUUUUCAUCAACUGGUUCGUGCCAUACAUUUGGACUAACCAUUGGUUGGUUUUCAUCACUUAUUUGCAGCAUACAGACCCAACAGUGGCUCAUUAUGACGCUGAUGAAUGGACUUUUGCCAAGGGUGCUGCAUCCACCAUUGAUAGACAAUUUGGAUUCAUUGGUCCACACAUUUUCCAUGAUAUUAUUGAGACACACGUCUUACACCAUUUCUGCUCUAGAAUCCCAUUCUAUAACGCCCGUGAAGGUUCCGAGGCCAUCAAGAAAGUCAUGGGUGAACACUAUAGAUUUAACGACGAAAACAUGUGGGUUUCGCUCUGGAAGUGUGCCAGAGGUUGCCAGUAUGUCGAGGGUGACAAUGGUGUUUUGAUGUUCAGAAACGUCAACAACUUCGGUAUAGGUACUAAUUCAAAGAAACAAGAUUGA